UUUGGUAAAUAUAUUGUGAAAUUUCUGUUUUCGGACCUGUGUUCUUCAGGUUUGCCUUGAAGUCUAGUAUAUAUUUCAGCCAAUGCCAAAAGAUACAUCGACCAUUGAACCGAGAUAAUUUAUUAUUUUUAAAGUCGGUGAGAUCACCAAUUGACAGCAUGACCAAGCUAAUGCAAUGGCUGCUGUUUGCACUAUUAUUCCUGUCGGUCUGGGCUGCUUUGAUAACAGAAUCGAUUCCAGUGGACAUUCCAAAAGCCUAUCUGGAAGUGAUAUGGCUGUUUCCUAUAUAUUUCCUGAUUACAGUUGCAUGUAUCGUGUUAGCAGUCCUCGGAUAUCGCGUCGCUAUGUUUAAUGAAUGUGAUGAGGCAGCAGAGGAAUUGAAACAGCAAAUAAAGGAAGCAAAAGCAGAUUUAAAAAGAAAAGGAUUGAAGCUGUCAUGAUGAACACUCAAUUGACACUUUUCAUUUAUUAUCUUCUGGAGCUAGUGUAGAGAAACUCUUUGUCAGAUUUUUGUCUGUCAUAUAGAAAAUGCCAACAGUAAAGUUCUAAAGAGUCCUUUCUUUUGACCGUUAUCAAAGCAGGACUUUAUAGGUAUGUCCAUCGCACUGUUUAAUCGUAGGGACUAGAAUGUGAGGAUGACCUGUUUAGAAUCAUUUAUAUGUGUUUACGUUGGAAAUUCUUGUCGUAAGACCGAGACAGAUAGCUGCUUACUAGUUUUGCCUGCCAUUCUUAUCUAAUUGUUUGUAGAAAACAUGUGUGACUGCUUUGUGAAUUGAUGGAUUUUGGAGAUUCAACCACCUGUUGUAAUAAAUGGUGCCAAAAACAGGUGUUCCUGUAUUCUAAACCGUCAUUUUGCUACUGAAAGAAUCUUGUGAAGAAACCAGACUGGCUGGUUGUAAAAAUGUGCUUGUGAACUUUGCAGAUGAAAUAAAUUAUAAUUUUAUAGAAAUA